AAAUCCCCGUAGGGGAGGAAACUGGACUGCUGCAUACUCAACGAUGGCUGAAAUCUUGGAACCUCCGAGUUCCGCCCACGGUAUGUCGGAAUCAUCUGAAAAACCACAAGAACAUGUAUUGGACUUGGACCCCAAGACCAUGCGCACCACCAAACCCGGCGUCAAGCGUCUUAUCCUUACCUUCUCUGUCCUCUUCUCCUUCCUCCUAGGUUUGCCAUUCUUAUGGAAAUCCGUGGAAAUUUACCGCUCUCCGCUGCCGUUUCACGACAUCGAUUCGCUUUCAGCUCAAAUUGAGAAGAAGAGUGUGAAGUUCCCUUGCAACUUCCAUGCUAUUUUUGUUGGGUUUGAUUCGAUCGACCCAGAUCGUUUACGGUCCACCAUCCUUAAUGAAAUUACUAAGUUAAUUCCCCAAACCCCACAAUGCGGCUCUUGCGGCAGCAGCAACAACUUCUCUCUAUCAGUCACCGUACAAGAAUCCCAUUCCCACUGUGUGCAGAACCUUAACCAUUUAUCCCUUUCGUGCUCCUACCGAUGUGGGUCAAUAAAGGUGAUUGAUUUUGAGAGUGACGAUGAUGAGGCAAUUGAUGCAAUGCUCAGGAGUGUGCUAGCUGGUUGUUCGAAUGUUGGCGGAAAGGUGCACAGUGUUGUGGUAUUGAAUGGCCAUGCUCUGGAGGAAGUGAGGGCUGUAGUUGGAAAGCACAGGCACGCGUGGGUUGUGGGUAAGGGCUUGGAGGAGAGAAAGGAAGCAGUGGCGGCAUGGGUCGCAGAGAUUUUCACCAGGUUCUUUGUGAAUGGUGGGAGAGAAGAAGGAAUGAUUCAUGGAGAGUUUAUGCCUGUUGGGGCCGACGGGAGCAUUGUUCUUUCAUUUAAUUUGCUCAAUGCAGAUCCCCGUGAUUGGGUAUAUGACUGGGAUUUUCACAAGAUAGAUGAGACUUUAGCUCCUGUUAUUGAGGCUUUGGGACCUAUAGCAAAUAUAAGUGUCGAAAGUCAGGUUUUAUAUCAUACACCAAAGGCCUCAUUUGCUUCUUGGGAUGAAAAGUUGCAGAGCUAUGUCUUUAGCACCAAGGAUCUUCCUUUCUUUGUGAAUUCAAAUGAAUGGCACUUGGAUACUUCUAUUGCAGCAGGUGGACGGUCAAAGAUAUUGCAAUUUGUGGUAUAUAUACCAUCUGCUAAGGAGUGCCCUCUGCUUCUGCAGCUUCCAGAUGGGGAGAUUUCAAAAACAAAUGGAUUUAUAUCCCCGAUGUGGGGAGGAAUAAUUGUUUGGAAUCCUACGAACUGUUUGAAGGGUUCUGAAAGUAAUCAUCCCACCAGGCACACUAUCCCUUCUCAGGAUCUUGAACAAGUUUUUGAAGUUUUCGUGGGACAGGUCCGGCAACUUUUUGGCCUUAAAUCAGAUAGCAGUUAUCAUGGUGUAUCAGGGACAAUCAACCUCUUAUACAGUGAACGGGGCUUCACAGAAUGGGAAAUGGAUUUCUUGCUGCGGCAACAUACAUGUUUUAAUCUUCAUUCAUGUGCUACAACACUCGACUCUCUUUCUAGAUUGGUGCAAUCACUACCAAGGAUGAUUAUUAUGGAUGAAAUCGGGAAACAGGUGAAGUUCUCUCUUGAGGCAGCAAAACAGGCUCAAAGUAACACUUCUCUUGGAGUUUAUGAAUCUUCUGCUGUGUCCUCAAGGGAAGCAAGAUCUCUGGCAGAGGAUGCCUUUUUUCACCCGUCUAUUAUGUCUGUCAGCUACUACUCAUUUGAGCAUUGUUUUGCUGUUUACUCGCCAUUCUUUCUUCCUGUGGCAAUGCACGUAGUCCUUGCAGCAUUAAGAGAAUGGAAAAGAUACAGGCAAGAAAAUACAAAGUACUUGGCAUGGAAGGCUAAGGUGAAGAAAGCUUAACUUUUUCCUCGUGUGGCAUUUCUGAAUUUACAUCAAGCAGCACCCAGAAGGGUUUGGAUAAAAAAAAUGUUGCAACAGAUGGAAAAGUAAGCUGGCAUAUUCAGCAAUAUGCUGAUAUGAGAAACAUGCUUAUGUAUGUGUUUAUUUUUAAAUAUAAUUUUAUAGAAUUCUUGAAUCCCUUUUUCAGAUGGAUAGCAUUCUAAGUCUAUCUACUCUUAUAUUAGGAUGUCAUUUUGAGGAGAGGUUA